AUGAGUGCGUGCAGCAGGAAGGCCCUCACAUUGCUGAGCAGUGUCUUUGCAAUCAGUGGCCUUGGGCUGUUGGGAGUGGCGGUCAGCACCGACUACUGGUUGUACCUGGAGGAGGGCGUCAUCAUGCCUCUGAACCAGAGCAUCGACGUUAAGACCUCGCUGCACUCUGGUCUCUGGAGGGUCUGCUUCCUGGCCGGAGACGAGUCUGGUCACUGCUUCACCGUGGCCUACAUCAUGCCCAUGAACGUCCAGUUGACGUCAGAGUCCACAGCAAACGUGCUCAAGAUGAUCCGCUCGGCCACUCCAUUCCCUCUGGUCAGCCUCUUCUUCAUGUUCAUCGGGUUUGUCCUCAACAACAUCGGCCAUGUCCGACCUCACCGCUCCAUCCUGGCGUUUGUAUCCGGGAUCUUCUUCAUCCUCUCGGGUCUGGCUCUGGUGGUGGGUCUGGUGCUGUACAUCUCCAGUAUAAAUGAUGAAAUGCUGAACAGGACGAAGAGCAGUGAGACCUUUUUCACCUACAAGUACGGCUGGUCCUUUGCAUUCGCCGCCAUCUCUUUCCUGCUCACUGAGAGCGCAGGCGUCAUGUCCGUCUACCUGUUCAUGAUGCGCUACUCAGCAGAGGAGAUCUACCAGCCUCGUCACCCGACUUUCUACCGCCCUCGUCUCAGCAACUGCUCAGACCACUCGGGCCUGUUCCUCCACCCAGAGGUCUGGUCUCGUGGGCGGAGUCCCUCCGACAUCUCGAGUGAAGCUUCGCUCCAGAUGAGCACCAGCUACCCUGCUCUCCUCAAAUGCCCCGACUAUGAUCAAGUCUCCUCUUCGCCUUGCUGA